ACAUACAAGCGUUGCGUGAGUGGAUUUGGUCCGAGCCACGCACAAAACACCUGCGAAAUAUCUGACCGCGACCACAGCUACGUUUCGUUAUCGAUAAAUCUCGUUUCGCACUGAUCUGAUUUGAUUUAUUCGUUAACCUACAGUUUAUUUAGCGGCUUGAUAUAUUUAUACAAAAAAAAACGUUUUUCUGCCUUGGGGCUCGUCUCCACGCGCGAGCUAUUUGACACGUUUUAUUUCCAUCUGUUAUUUAGUUGCUCUUUUUUAAAGGAUAAUUUAGCUUUCCUUAUUUAGUAGUUAUUUAAAUGCAUCCCAAAUGCUUGUCUCGGGAACAUUUAGUGCGUAAACCGAACCUUAUUCACAACAUGUAGAUAAAUGCGCGUGCUUUUCUCUCUCCCGGUGCUUUCAAUUCCCUUUUCGUGUCUGACACUAAAACUAAACGGGCCCCUUUCGUCUCAUAAUAACCCGAAGCAUGGAGCACACCGGCUGCGUCAACAUCUGCAGUCUCACCAGCACCUUACCGGUGAUCCCGUAUCGGAAACUAACGGACUUGCACUACAUCAGUAAAGGAGGUUUUGGGACUGUGUUCAGGGCGCAGCACAGUGACUGGCGCACCACAGUCGCGAUCAAGUGCUUGAAAUUGGAUUCACCGGUUGGGGAGAGGGAAAGAAAUUGUUUACUAAAGGAAGCUGAGGUGCUUCACAAAGCUAGAUUCAACCACAUCAUCCAGAUCUUUGGGGUGUGCAAUGAGCCCGAGUUCUUCUGCAUUGUGACAGAGUACAUGACCAAUGGAUCACUUGAUGAACUGCUACAUGAGAAAGAUAUGUACCCAGUGGUAGCCUGGCCGUUGAGACUUCGUAUUCUUUAUGAGAUUGCUCUUGGGGUCAACUUCCUCCACAAUAUGAUCCCACCACUUCUACACCAUGACCUAAAAACUCAGAACAUAUUGCUUGAUGGAGAGUACCAUGUCAAGAUAGCUGAUUUUGGCUUGUCUAAAUGGCGUCAGCUCUCUAUCACUAAAGGGUCUAGCUCAAAACCUGCCGAAAUGGGAGGCACCGUCAUCUAUAUGCCACCAGAGGAAUACGAGCCCUCCAAGAACCGUCGAGCUGAUGUCAAAUAUGACAUGUACAGUUACGCCAUCAUCAUGUGGGAAGUGCUUUCAAGGCAGAUACCCUAUGAAGAGGCCACCAACCCCAUGCAGAUCAUGUUCAGUGUUUUGCGAGGAUCUCGGCCUGACACCAGCCUGGAUAGUCUGCCGGCAGACAUUCCCAGCAGAGAGACUCUCAUUAACCUCAUGACCUGCGGCUGGACUUCCAACCCUGAUGAACGGCCCUCCUUCCUUAAUUGUCUUAUUGAGCUGGAGCCCAUGUUGAGAAGGUUUGAUGAGAUUGAUGUUCUAGAAGCGGUGCUGACAGUCAAACGGACGAAAUAUAUGAGGCCACCAAAUGGCUGCUCGUCAACUCAAACAAAUGGAAAAAGAAUGGAGGAAAAGACUGUGAAGGAGCAAAAUGUCCCCUGGCCAGACAACAGUUCUACAUCUGGAUCAGGCUCCUACUCUUCCCAGGAUGCAGAAAUGUCCCAUCCGGGCUUCCUUACCAUAUCGAGUCCCUCUCAAGGUCUGUCAGCUGCUCAGGGUGUACCACAGUCAUCAUUAAUGUCCCUUCCACUGGAUCAUCCAAAGCCUCUGGUGGACCACUGCUCUCGGAACAACCUAAACCCUGAAUACCCGACGGCCCAGCUUGUGUCUGACUUCAACAUACCCAUCAAACCACAUACACCCCAGACUGAGAGCGACCUUGCUUUUGCCAUACAGCCACUCACCCUGCAGCCACAUCCACAAGAUCUACCUACAGCAUUGGACUCUCAAGGUCCUGUGGCUCGCUGGAUCGCAUCACGACGAGAGGACGUUGUGCGGCAGAUGACGGAGGCGUGUCUCAACCAGAGUUUAGAUGCUUUGUUGGCCCGUGAUCUGCUCAUGCGCGAGGACUACGAACUGGUUGUGAAUCAACCCACACGUACCGCCAAAGUGCGGAAGCUUCUAGACACCUGCGAGCGGCAUAACGAGGAUUUCUGCCGCGUAGUGGUGCGUAAACUCCAGGACAACAAACAGAUGGGGCUUCAGCCCUACCCCGACCUCAGCACCAGCAGCCCUCCACCUCCCUAUAGCGACCCCACCACCACCCCCUUUCUCUCCAACUCCUUCAACAACACUCGAAACGUCUUCUGACCUUCUCCUAAUCUGACCCUCAAUCACUGCUUUUGAACUGGAGAAAUGUGAGUCCUCCUUUCAGUUUAUGAUUCCGCUGAAGGACGGUUCCUGUUCACAUGCUCUUACAUUAUUUGUGCUGCUUAGCCUUUACUUUGUGGGCCAGGACAUGUCUUGGUGGUUGAGAGGUUGGUACUCAUGACACACUUUGUAUGUUAUGAACUUUUGAACAGUUGCGUACUACAUCCAUUGAACAAGGCCAGCUUUGGUCAAAUGACGCCUUUGCCAUGGCAAGAGAGACUUAAAUGGAUAUAGUUUAGUACAGCUCAUGUUGACUAUUAGGUGGAGGCAUUGGCUUAACUUGCCUAAAUUCCUGAUGUGGGUGGCUGUCCCACAAUGUCAUGUUUAAACUUGAAUCCACCUUUUCAAAAGAAUCUGGUUUCUGCUACCUUGAAAGCAGUAAAACACUUAAGUGUAGUUCCCUCAAAAAUGAUUGUCAUAAUUUACUCACCCUCAUGUUUUUAACUUACUUUCUUAUGUGGAACACAAAAGAAGACAUUUUAAUUAUUAUUCUGAUCCGUCUUUUCAAAUUCAGUGGCAGUGGAUAUAGUGACUCAUUUUAAAGCUUUAAAAAGGACCCAAAAGUAUCAUAAAAAUACAGCAUUACUCAUUUUGUGUUUCACAGAAAAAACAAAGUCAUACAGGUUUGGAACAACAUGGUGAGUAAGUAAUGACAUACCUUUUGUGUGAAUUAACCCUAUAAGGAAUACAUCCUGUCUCAUCAUUAGCAUCUUCCAUGCCAGCGCAUUUUAUAAAAACGUUCAGUCCUAUUAGGUAAUAACUUUCCACCCUUAAAAGGAACAUCAGCAUAACUGCACAAUUGCAUGUGCAGACUUGAAGAAAAUUGUGUGAAUCAUCAGAUUCUGUCUUCCUUUAUGUAAAUCAGAGCAUGUUUUUCUCACAGUGAGACUCAAAAUAAAGUCUGGCGGUUUUGACAGUUGUUUUGCUAUGUGUUUGAUGCGGUGUCAGGUAGGGGUGGGCAAUAUGACCAAAAUCUUAUAUCACGAUAUGAGUAAUUUUAUAUCACGAUAACAAUAUAUAUCACGAUAUAGUAAAAGUUUUCUGGACAAUCAAUAAAAAUUGGUUUAUAUAUUAAAUAACAAUAUUGUAAUGCCUGUUUUUGGAACUCCAGUCAAUUAAUUAAAAACUUUAUAAAUUAAAACUCCUUUCUCUUUAUUUGAAACCAGACAAACAAUGUCAAAGUAAAUAAAUACAUAAAUAAAUAAAUAAAUAAAAAUCAACUUGUUUUCAAAAAUCAACUUUACCAAAAUGCUAAGUAUGCCACGUUUCAGUUUAAAAUGUUAUUGACCAAUAUUAUUAUUAUUAUAAACUUUGCUUAAGAUCUUCUCAAAGCAAUGCAACAAAGAAAAUAAAACGUAAGUUAAAAAAUAUCCAACCAAAAUAAACACUUCUUGAAGAAAAUAAAUAUGAAAAAAAAAAAAAACGUAUUAAUGUGGAGUUCAUCUUUUGGCUUUCAUAAUAUUCUUUUGCAUGCCUCAUUUUGAGGUGGUAAAACAGAUUGCUUUUAUUACGAGUGAUUAUCGUUGUGCGAAUUACAUUUUUCCGCACCUGUUUUAAUAACAAGCUCCUCUUCAUUUUCUUGACCUGUUUGGGAGUCAUCCCGUUCUGUGGAGAUUUCUUUCUCCAUUUGGGGUUUUCCUGGGUCUAAAAUGAUUGAGUAGCACGUUUGAUCAGGCUCUGAGCUCUCCUGUCUCUGGAGCACAAAUAUUGGAAAGCCUGCUGGACUCGCGCACGCACUUUGGAGCUCCAGAGACCGCGCGUGCCACAGUCACUUGAAACAUUCACGUGUCAGAUGAGAAGAAUAUUUCGCACUUUUAACGCGCCAAACGCACGAUGAAAAUGUUAAAUGCCAGAAAAAACCUGUCCAUGUUUCUUAAAUUCUCUCAGUCUCAUGUGAAGCCCUGCCCACUGAUAGAUAAGUCCACGCUGCGCAUAUGGAUAUUUACAUAUCGUGAUAUACACAAUAUAGCAAAAUCUCUUAUCGAUUGACACUAUAUCAUUGCCACAAUAUAUCGUCAUAUCGCCCAGCCCUAGUGUGAGGGUGACAGUGCACAGAUAUUCUAACAGCUCACUUUCAUAAUAGUUUCUCCAGCAUUCUCUUUUUGGCUUUUAUGACUACAACUCUUUUGGUUCAGACUGUCGUAAUGAGCAGUAAAUUGGAGAAUUGACCACUCUUGUUUUCUAGAAAUAAUCUUUACCAGCUUCUCGUCAGAAAAGUUUGACAUUGAGACAAUGUGAUGUGUCAGUCUUUCCUUGCUUUUACAUGUUUUCAUGGUACUGUAGUAUUCUGUUCAUAAGCAAUACUAGACAGCAUAUACAAUGAAGUGGGCUAUAUGAUGGAACGUAGUCUGGCCAAGGUCAACAUUGUAUUUGCAAAACCACACCUCCGUUACAUGCCGUUCUCAAAAUACACUUCAGUAGCUUAUGCCAGACGUUAAUUUAUUAAAGAAGGUAAGAAGUUUGCCUAACCUACCUAUCUUAUUGGGCCUAUACUUAGUGAAUUAGUCAUAAGAAUUGUGUCAUCUCUGUGACAGCAGAAUGGUGAAUCCCACGAAAACAUUUGAAAAUCAAAAGAAAACAUUACAAGUUUUUAGCCAUUAUGAAAAUGCAGCUUGUACAUUUAAGAUUUUUUAUUUUAUUGGGACAUUUACCUGACAUUAGUUAUCAUGAAAAUAAUGUCACAAUGCAGAAAAUCGAAAUGAUCCUAAAAUAGCCUUCAUUUUCUUUUUGUAAAAUAUAAUUUUGCAUCAUUUUCUUUUGAUUUUGAUGUGAAAUAUGGCAUAGACAUGUUCUUGCCCAGUUGCAUGAGAUUCACCCAGCCUGAUUUGCACUGUAUUUAAUGCGGUAGCCUGUGCCACAGACUCCAUAUGUAGCGUUAGACAUAGAGAACAGUUUACAGCACCUUCCAUACAUGUAAUAGACUUAAGCAUUAAGAAACUGUAUGAAAUAUACAGAGGUUACAUCACCACAGCUGGGUACAUUUUGAAAAAGUCUUCUAGACGCUUUUAUCAAGGAACUCAAGAACAAGUAGUACCUGACUAACGUCUUUGCUACUGUUUAUACAACACAGCUGCAUGUUCAUACCAGCAGUUUUCCACUAUGGUUUUUGAAGAUUUGAUUCAAAAUGAAUAUGCUUCCGAUAAGUCUUACGUAAAGUGUUAAGUUAAAAGUUAUUUUAGAAACAAGACCAAAGCAAUGCCCUGAGUUGGCACUGUAAAUACAGGCUCUACUGAUCUUUAAGCAGAGCACAAAUAUAAAUUCCUGAUAAUUAAUUACAUUUGUGACUGCUUUGAUUUUCAUUUUGUCAUUUCAACUCAAAACACAAUCUACAGACUGAGCCAACCAUAUGCUUUAUGAAUCAAGUCUUCGAGAAACGUGUGGCCUUUUUUUUUUUUUUCAGUGUUGAUUUCAUUAAAAAGGCUUUGAAAUUCCUGUGAUAUUGAUUUUUGCACAAUGCUUUGCUGUAGAUUUUCCCUCUGGGCAAACCGAGACCUUUUCAUUGCAGAUUUUCUCCUGGUAUCUAGAAGUGACAGUAUUUUAGUAAAUGUGUUGCUCUUGAUUGAUUUCACUGUUUAGUCCCUGGAAUGUCCUGAAAUUGGUUGUUGUCUUUUGUGUUCCCUUUUUAAAAAAGAAAAAACUUUGAAGCUGCAAUUUUGGGCUUUGGAUUUCCUUAGGUCUCACAUACAUUAGAAUAAGUCAUGUGCCUGUAACUAAUGCAGAGACAAUGGUAGAAACUGAGUCAUGGUGUCAAAAGACACCAGGCUUGCCUUUUGUUGAUCAGUUGUUUUCAUUGAAUUAGAUCUCUAGGAAUGACCUUUUUAUUACAGAUAUUAUUAGUGUUGGUACCAGUUACAAUCAAGAGUGUGUACAAACUGUUCUUAUUUUUGGAUAUUUAUUUAUAGAGUCAUGGCUAACUUUUAGUGAUUAUUGACAUGCAUCUUAAGUGGUUUUUUAAUAGGUUAUUGUAUUUUUCUAUAUAGCUUUUCAUUUGAACAUGUCAUUAUAAUGUUUCAAAGUGCUGUGCCAAUCCAGUUAAUACUAUGUGGCUGAAUGCAUCUUUAAACUUUUCAGACACUGAAUAUACAUUGAGCAUUAGCACAUAUCUCAGCAAUAUGUCAGUCACAUUCUGAAUUGCCGAAACAGCCUGUAUUGGUCUGGGUGUAGACGACGCUGCUUGUUAUAACACUUUCAGUCAUAUCAAAAUCACACCAGUUAUCAUUUUAGUUGCAGUGACUGUACUGCUGAUAUCUAUCAGUGUUCAUUCUUGCCUUUGAGCUGUUAGAUUGACGACAAAUGUCAUCAAAAAUGAAAUAUAAAAAGACAAUAAUGUAUAGCUUAUGUAGCAGUGUACAAGUAGCAGUUCUCUGGUUCUGUGUGAUGAGGGACUUCCACAAAUGGUAAACUUUGAAGUGUUAUUAAAAUGUGUAUAAUUUCCUGAA